AUGAGUAUUAGCAACCAGACAAGAAUAGACCACCCCUGGAUACAAAAUGCGAAAAAAGCUUCAAAUGCGCCAUUGGGAGAUAUAGUGAGGACAAGGCUCAAGCAGUUCUCUUUGAUGAAUAGAUUCAAAAAGAAAGCCUUGAGGGUAAUUGCAGAACACUUGUGUCUUGAAGAGGUAGAAGUAAUCAGAGAUAUGUUUGCACUGAUGGACACAGACAGUGAUGGGAAAGUAACAUAUGAGGAACUGAAGUCUGGGCUUCAGAGAGUUGGUUCACAAUUGGCGGAGCCAGAGAUAAAGUUGCUGAUGGAUGUGGCCGAUGUUGAUGGGAAUGGAGUGCUUGACUGUGGAGAGUUUGUGGCAGUAACAAUUCAUUUACAAAGGAUGGAGAAUGAUGAGCAUAUCCGCCGAGCAUUUAUGUUUUUUGAUAAAGACGGGAAUGGGUACAUUGAGCUUGAUGAGCUACGAGAAGCCUUAGCUGAUGAGUCUGGUGAAACUGAUUUGGACAUACUUAAUGACAUCAUGCGGGAGGUUGACAUGGACAAGGAUGGGCAAAUCAGUUAUGAGGAGUUUGUUGCAAUGAUGAAAACUGGAACGGAUUGGAGGAAGGCAUCACGACAGUACUCGAGGGAGAGGUUUAAGAGCUUGAGCCUUAACCUGCUGAAAGAUGGGUCUCUGCAGCUUCAGGAUGGGAUUACUGGUCAAACUAUUGUUGUUUAAGCUCAAGGAGGCUUCAUAAUCUUGUUUCUUCAAUGCCUGCUGAUUGUUUCUUCGCUUUCUGAAGUCAAAAUGAAGCGAUAUAACUGGAAAUUUUGGCAUGUGGAUUCUCGAAAAUGGGAGUUUUCGAGAGUGAACCGUGGAAUAUCAAUAUUUUUGGUUGUUUUGGCUUUAGGAGAUAUGGAUUGAAGAUCGAUCAGCUAGCCAGAGUUGGCUUUAGGAGAUAUGUUAAAAAGUUUUCCUCUUUGUUCAUCUUGUAUAUUGUCUUUUUUCUGAGAGAGCAUUUGGAAAACCCACACCCCAAAAGUUUACUCCAACCAACACCUUUAUUUAUGAAAAUCAGAGAAUAUUCUAAUUGAUAGUGGUAUUCAUAACUAGUAUUGGAUUGAACA